ACGUGGAAGAUAUAGUUUACUACAGAGGUUUCGGCUGGUUUGUAUGGGAUGGUUGGCUCGUGGACCAAGUCCCAUAUCGAAGCGAUUUUUGGAGGAUUCCUGAUCGGAUUAGACGAGUGUACCCUUCUUUUUGAUACCUCAGGACUCCAGCUCACGACUCGGCUGAACCGAAGAUGGGACAUUGUAUUGGAAGAAGAUGGACAACGAACCGGGUUUCUUGCUGAGACCGUGGAGGAAUACGCUGAAGCGAUCCUUGAGAUUGUGAAGAUGAAAGGAACAGAGAGGCUUAAGAUGGCUGAAUCUGCUAGAGAACGAGCUUACUAGGUUCUCUGAACAACAGUUUAGUGAAGACUUCAAAACUGCAAUUCCACCCGUUUACACCGGUUCUCUCAAAUCACAGUCUUGAAGACUUAAAUUACUGCUUACUACACUAGCUUUUAAACUCACAAAGACGAACUAGGUUAUACCAUUUUGUUAUGUCACUGAUUCUGCAAAAAGAAAAUACAACUUGUCAAUGUUAGAAACUGAGUUUAUUCAGGAAGAUUCUUACGUGCUCUCUAAAGUUCCACAGUUAAUUUCUUGUUGAUUGGUUCUCUAAGCUUUUGACUUAGUAAUCAUAUUGGAAAGCCAAAAACAUACUCUUAAUAAAUAA